AUGUUGUCAAUAGCCUUCUGGUACAGGAGCUCACAAAGAAGGAAUGGCGUAUUGAUAUUCGUCCAGUACAAGUUCAACUGGAUAGAGGCAGUGGAGACCACUCCAGCCAACUCCUCAUCAACCGAUCAGUACUAUUGGGGCAACAACGAUAAGAUGCCCCAUUCCAAACGCGUGUUCUUCAUAUCAUUCCUAUUCGCCGUGGUGGCAUGGUGCAUUGACUUCACGGCAAUCGUUACACAAGCACUCACUGUGCGUGGCGUGCUCACCGGUCACAAGCUACUGCUGCUGAUCACCAAGUUCUUGCCCAUCGCAGUGUUGGCACCUACGUUGGUGUCAUCUCUCGCCUUCAUUUGGCUGCCAGGUGCAAUCAAGAGCGAUUGUAAACAGUUUGAUGAAGUGGGUUCGCUGUGCCAUCCACAUGAACUUCGAGACAAACUGAUGGGCUCAAUGGACAAUGGAGACACAUCAUGGGGGCCUGUCGAGGGAUGGUUCCUCGUAAUCGUAUCGGCAGGUCUAUCAUUGGCGGCAUCUGGAAUAUCAUUGGUCUCGGGUAUAUAUUAA